AUGGCACUGGGGGAUAUGGGAGACGGGCUCGCCUUGGUCAAGGAUGCCAGAACCGGGGGUGCAGCUGGUGAUACAGUCGUGACGCGGACUAGAUGGGUAGCGGGCAGCGUGGCUGGUUUAGAGGCUGAUGCAACUGGGGAGGGAUGUUUGAGGACGGUCGAUGUCGAGGAUCGUCGGUCGCUCAAGGCCGGCAGCACACUGUCCAUUACGCCCGCGGAGGCCGAUGCUGUCGCUGGGGCAGUUGUUCGCGGCAACUCUGGCAUCGGGACGUGUAUAGAGGCUGGCGUUACUGAACACUGCAAGCUGCUGGCGCCGCCAGUGCAGUCCAACGGCAGUGCAACGCAUGCAGACAAAGCGAUGCGGCUUAGUUUGGUGCGAGGCCUGCAACGCCUGUUGCAGCGUUGGGCGCAGGGCAAGGUGGAGGCUAAGGAGGCUGGAUAG